AUGGAGGUUAGUCAGGGACUUACGCUGCAAAAUCGUCUGAAGGUCGUAUUCCCAUCUGCCUCCUCUUUCUCCACUAAUGCGGCGUAUAAAGAUGCAAAUGAUAGCUUCUCAGCUUUUGAUCUCCCUCAAAGUCAUGCGAGACACGUGGCAGCAAUGCACCCAUCGCGAGUAGAAAUCCCGCUAGACCUGCAGUCCACUUUCUCGGAGAUGCCAAAACUUCAUUUGUUGUCAUCUCAACAUGAGGAUGGUAAGAACACUGUGCAGGAAGUGCCACUGCCCUUUGUUGUGUUCAGCAGUCUGUCAUUGCAUCCCAAGAUGGAGUCUCGCUUCAGUUUGGCGUUAAACGAUGAUGCGGAUCAACAAAGAAAUGAAACGAAGAGAAAGAAAAAUGACACCAACUUUGCAGUGGAUUCCAAUGUCUCUCAUACGUUCCCCGAAGCAGAUGCGAGCAACCUGCGAGCGCUUCUCAAAAUUGCGCACAGGAUGGAACUCAAGAUCCCCCUUCUCCCCCUUUUUAUGACCCAUUGCCGGGACCAGGCGAUCAAUAAUGAUAUCCAUUUCUGCUGUAUACGACAAGGUGACCUUAGUAGCACCAGCUGCGGCGUUUCUUUUCCAUUUCAAGAAGCCAUUACCGCGGAAUACGUUUUCCAGCAUUGUGAAUCACGUGUCUACUGUCUUGUUAAGCUGAAAAACCUCUUAAAUCAGACGUCUCUAUGGAUGCGUGGGGUGACUUUGCGUGUUCUGGAUCCCAGGCGGACCUACCGCGUUAGACGCGUGAGCGAGGUAUACCACGACUUUAUCACGCGGGAAUGGAAGCCCCAGGAGGCGCGUCAGCUGCUAUUUGAACUCGCACUGCACACCGACUUCGUCGCCAUGGGGAUGGCACUCCACCAUAGUGUUCAGGUUGAGAUCUUCUAUUCAAACUGGCAUAAGACAUAUGUCUCGACAUGUGAGGAAGACCGCGUUGUUCUUCACCUUACGAAUCCCCAUGGGGGCCCAUUUUCGCACGACAAUGGCUCUAGGAUGAAUCCUACAGGGAUACAAAGUUUCCAAGAGAAGCCAUCAGACUCAAAUCAGAGUAGAAGCGGCGCAUCAAUGGCAAUAAAACUCUCUGACACCAUGUUUACCAGAGCUACACAAGAUUCAUCUUCCCUCCCUCUACGUCAGGACGUACUUCCGCCGAUUCGAUGGAGCGAUUCAUCGCAAAACCAGGCGAGGGAUACGGAAGUCCUCUACGACCCUGAUGAAUUGGCAUAUUUGUCCUCAUCGUGCAAUGUUUACUAUGGGCCGCCCGCAUCAUUCCGCUCCACGUAUUUUUGCCUUUUCACUGCCAUCAUUCAGGCCGAGUCGAACUGGGAAACUCAGGAUGGAAUGACGGUCGAUGGGACACAUCACGUUAUGGGCAUGACAAACGAGCAGAAGGACGAUUCCACUCUAAAACAAACCCAUGAAUUUGUUUUGGUAGCUGGCGAGCCUGUGCGCUUCAGCGUACGCUUGAGCCCCCUCCUCCAUAACUGGCCGGGGGGCUCGAGGGCUGAGAACGACUUCUUUAUCGAGCUGCACUUUGAUACUGCACAAUGGAUGGUAAUCGGGAAAAAGCGCACGCGUCAGACGCUGUCAGCUACGGAUGAGGUGAUGAUGUAUUUUACAGCACUGCCGCUUCUCCCUGAGAACCCUAACGCUGGGUCUGCGCCUUCCUUCAGAAACCGGAGCCCGUCGAUGAUGAUUCCAUCUAGUACUCAGCACUCAGAUGCUGUUCGCGUCGCGGCAGGAGGGGAACGGCAGAUGUUCCCAGAAAGUAUCACAUAUCAAGAGUCCUCCACCGAUCUCGUAGACCGUAUAGAGAUAGAAAAAGGCAUAGUAAAGAUUCCCACCAUUCGAAUUUUUCGGGCAAAAUCCGAUGAAAUCAAGGGCUCUGAGGUUCCAGGGUGUGACGCCGCAAUCACUGGGAAGGAGGAAGUACUGGUGGAUGUCGUACAUUUCCGGUGUUGGGCGAAGGUGAUCAAAAAGGUGCGUUAA